AUGGCUCCCUUUGGUCUUCCAGAAAUCCCCCGGUCAGAGCCUGUCCUUCCUCCUCCAGAGCCGCCCUCCUCCCCUCCGUCCAUCUCUUCCGACGCUGGUCGUCGCAGAACUAGAAAGCCACCGACUGUCACCCCCCGGUCAUUCCGUCGAUUCUUUACCCCGCGUUCUCUACUACCGACUGGAGACAAUACGAUUACACCGACAACCAGUCGCCAGGCUCUACGGGCACUGACAUCCCCCGCCGUGAAUCGUCUUGGACCGGCAUUCUCAAGAACUUCCAAGGCGGGCAGCACCAGAAGCCCUCACGAUGGUUUACCAGAAGAUUUUGUUCGUACUCCAAGCAGGAAACGGAAGAACUCGUUUUCCUCGGUUGUUUCUCCACAGUCCUCGCCUCUGAAGAGAGUCCGCGUCCGGUCUCCGUCGCAUGAUGUGCAUCAAGAUAUCAGGGUUCCAGAUCUCAACGUCCGUCUGGAAGCUGCAACACCGACAAAUCCACCCAGACCGAACCCGCCUGUAGCGCCUGUGCGGCGCUCACGGGCAUUGCAGACAUCUGGCGCCUUGUUUAUGCGAACUGUGAUGGGAGGUCGGCUAAAUAAAACAACUUUGCGAUGUAACUCUGGCGUGGGCUGGCAAGAUCUUACUGCCGACUUUUACUCACAACCGCGGGACGUCCACACUUGUACCAGCUAUGCAUCAGAAGGGUCAGUAGCCCUGCCAUUUUGUAACGCUUCAUGCAACACAAAUUCACUAGUUGCAGUAGGCGAUGAAGAAGGUGGAAUUCGACUGCUGGAUUCAUCCGUCGAUGUAGAUGCCGGUUUCACUGAUGCAUACCUUGGGUUUCGCCCGCAUAUGAACUCGAUCAUGGAUCUGGAGUUCUCAUCUGACGAUAUGCUACUGGCUACGGCAUCUGGAGAUCAAACGUCUCUUAUCAUUGAUAUGACAACACAACGACCUAUUCACUGCUUGUCGAAUCAUUCAUCCUCCGUCAAGCGUGUCCAAUUCCAACCAGCAUCCAACAACAAAGUUCUUGCCACAUGCAGCCGGGACGGAAAUGUCAACAUCUGGGAUCUUCGCUGCAAAGGGUUCGAACGGCCCGCAUUGCAAGUCCAAUGCUCUCUAGAGUCCGAAAUUGAGAACCCCGCGGCUUCUGCACCUCCGAAGAUGCUGUACCCUCACGUUUUGAAUACUAUCACAGGAGCACAUGCCUAUACGACCUCGCAGAAACCGACCAUGGACAAAGCUGAAGCGCCACCAUUUGGCCGCACCGACAUCACCGUUACUUCCCUCGCCUUCCUUUCCGCAGGCCGCGAGAAUCUUUUUGUUACAGCUUCUGAGGCUAGCGCGAGUGUCAGACUCUGGGAUUUGCGAACAGCACACAACAAUCGUCGUGGCCGACCUGUCGUACCGCUAGCUACAACACAAGAACCAGAAAGCCAUGCAAAGUAUCGACGCUUUGGCCUAACUUCCAUGGCAUUCGGAGGCGACGGUGCACGCCUAUACACACUUUGCCGGGACAAUACCGUUUACGCAUACUCGACAUCCCACUUGAUUCUUGGACAUGCGCCUGAACUAUCACUGAACAACAAUCGUCCACGACGAACUGGAGGCUCUGACAAGGAUGGUCUUGGGCCUCUGUAUGGUUUCCGCCACCCCCGUCUCCAAAUUUCCUCAUUCUACGUGAAGUUGGCUAUGCGCAAAGCAAGCCAUGAUCAUCCAGAGAUGCUAGCCGUUGGAAGCAGCAACCAUUGUCCCAUUCUCUUCCCCACCGAUGAACGGUACCUCACCCCUCCCGUGAAAAAGCCGGAUGAAUCCCUGCCUAGCAGGACCUCGCUUUUCACCACCCGCUCGGGACUCCGUCGCACCAACUCUGGAAUCGGUUUGUCCGGCCGUCUCGAGGAUACAAUUCCGAUUCACCAAUCAGGCACUCCUCUCGUUGAGGGCCAUCAAAAAGAAGUUACCGGUCUGUCUUGGACACCAUCUGGUGAACUCAUCUCUGUGAGCGACGACUACACUGCCCGAUGCUGGCGUGAGGGGCCCGAGGCUCGCGAGCUGCGGCGCGGUGGUGAAACUGAGGGUCAACGCUGGCAGUGCGGCUGGGCUGAUAUGAAAGACUCUAUGGAUGACGAAGACGAAUGA